AUGGGUUUCUCGGACGCUGGAAUCUGUCUCUCCGAUCAAAACAAUCUCUGUGAAACGGAACUAGGGUUCCUUCGUGUACCCUCUUUAGGGUUUUCAGACCGGAGCGUUCAAGAAUUACGGCAAGAUCAAGAUCUUGAUAUUAAAGUCCGAGAGAUAGCUAAUUGCUCACGCGAAGAUGGUGUAAAGGUGAAGAAAGAAGAAGAAGAAGAAGAUUUCUGCAAGACUCCGACACGCCUCGACCAAAUUCUCCCGGCAAUUCCAAAUGUUUGUCCGCCGGCGCCGAGGAAACCUAAGGGAGUCCCGUCGAGAAGUUUGAAGGUUAGAAAUUCCUAUAAAAGCAGGAGAAUGAUCAUUCUGAAUGUUUCUAGAGAGAUCGAUAGUCUCUUUAAUUCAACAUCUCUUGGUAACAAAAUCAAGAAAGCAAGACACAAUUGA